CGACCCGAGGUGACGCCACGCCCGCGUGCUCGCUCCCAGAAGCGCGACCGAAACUCGGCCGGGGAUAGCAGCUCCCGGGAAGGUCCUGCGCGCUCGAGGGGUGGCCCAGGCGCCAAGGCUGCGCCCUUGGCGUUCCGCGGCCAGGCCCGCCCGGCAGGGGGCGCUGGGACCGACCGCUCACGCCCCGGCUUCCGGACCCGCGGGCCCCUGGCCUCCGCCCUCGCAGAACCCCGUGGCGUAUUACGCAGCCUGACUGGACGGGGACAGGGGGCGGGGAGGUGACCCGGCGUGGGCGAAGCCGGCGGGCGGGCUCGGCGCUGGAGCCAGCUAUGCGUGGCGUGGGGGCGAUCCUGCGGUGCGCUGCGCGCGGCGCCCGGGACCUGAACACGCGGCGGGACGUCUCUUCCUGGCUGGCCCGGUGGUUCCCCAGAACCCCAGCCAGGUCCGUGGUGGCCCUGAAGACACCCAUCAAGGUGGAGCUGGUGGCAGGGAAAACCUACAGAUGGUGUGUGUGUGGCCGCAGCAAGAAGCAGCCCUUCUGUGACGGCUCCCACUUCUUCCAACGCACUGGCCUAUCUCCACUCAAGUUCAAGGCCCAAGAGACGCGUACUAUGGCACUCUGUACCUGCAAGGCCACCCAGAGGCCCCCGUACUGCGAUGGCACCCACAGGAGUGAGCGUGUGCAGAAGGCAGAGGUGGGCUCCCCACUCUGAAGGGGCUGUCUAGUCACAGGUGGGCUCGGCUCCAGGCCUGUGACAGGCACCCCUUCUGUGGGGAAGAAAACAGGUGCUGAACCCAAGACCUGGUACCAAUGUCUGGCUCACGAAGGAAGAAUUGUUCCUUAUAACGUGAAGGUCUCCAGUCUGGGGUUGGCGGGAGUGUGCCCUGGGUCAAUGUUUGCUGACAGAGAAGACGGUAUAAAGAAGCCUGCCCAACCAGA